AUGGAACUUGGCCCAUAUCUCAUCUUCGAUGGAAUGGAGUAUCAAUGUACUCUCUGUGAGAGGAAUUUUGCUUCAAAAGGCGCACUCUAUGCACACUGCAGGAACACAUCCCGACAUGAGUGGUGCAAGAGGUGCUGUCGAGUCUUUAUUUCAACAGCAUCGAAAGAUGCGCAUCUUAAAAUGUCUAGCAGACAUAACUUUUGCCUAUGGUGUUCGCCGUCACGAGAUUUCGAAACCCUUGACGAGCUUGAAACCCACUUAACUGAAUAUCAUCACUUCUGCUCAGACUGCAACCUUUAUCAUCAGUCCGCUGAGGAACUUAGAGAGCACGAUAUUGACGUGCACAACUUGUGUAUCAAGUGUGAGAGGUAUUUUGUGAACAAGAACAACUUCGAAAUGCAUCAACAGAAACAUCAACCUCGAACGAUGGAAUGCUGUGGUUGCUACAAGACCUUCAAGUCCUUCUCCGGAGUUCUGAUCCAUCUCGAGUCUGGAGGCUGCUCAUCGAAUAUUACUGAGGAUGAUCUUGACGACUUGGCCCGCGAAUGUUACCAAAGUAGGAUAUAUAUCAAUGAUGAGCUCGAGGAUGGAGGUUGGCUUUAUACCUGCCCACACUGCGUGACAGAACUCUCAAAACUCUCAGCCCUUUAUCAGCAUGCUGAGGAUGUUCCGUCUUGCUCAUACCUUGCCAAAGGCCACGGGUGCUUGGCCAAGUUGGAACGUUUUAUAUCCCGCAAUCUGGAGCAGUAG